AUGAAGCAGUCCUCGUGGCCCUCAUGGGCCAUUCUUUGGGCGUUGCUGCCCCUAGCCGCGGCAAUGAAGCUUGUGCAGGAGUCGAAGACGUCGAUGGAUGGCACCCACCGCUUCCAUGCAAGCUCGGGGCAUCUCAGCAACGCUCUGGUCCUUCGCUCCUCAAAAGCCUCAGCUUACAAAGCCAACUUCUCCAAAGACCAGGACCUGGAUGCAGUGGUGUCAGCAAAGUUCAUCUCCGAUGUGGGAAAUGCCAUUGUCUCCGGAGGCAGCGCGGUUGUGAACGUGGGAAACGCAAUCGCGGACGCAGGUGCCACUGCUGUCAACACACUGAAGGAGGCAGGCAUGACCAUUGGCACCGCUGUUGCGAAUGGAGCCCAAGUGGUUGGGAGGCAUGUGGUGAGGGCAGCCGAAGUCAAGCUUUCGAGCCUGGCGCCGGCCAUCUUGAAGGUGGCAAACGAGCUGGGAAAAGUGGCAGUUGCUGUGGGCGACUCAGUGGCGGAUGUCGGGGAGAUGGUUGCAGAAACAACGGUUCACUUGGCAGGUGCUGCGUUGGAGCGUGCAAAGAGAGGGGUGAAUCAAGGAGUCAAAAUGGCCAGCAAAGUGGGAGAUGCGAUUGCCAACAAGGUGCAGGAGCUGGGAGAGGAGGUCGCCAAGCUUGGGCCGUUGGUCGCCGGCCUGGCGAAAGACGUCUGGGAGGGAAUCAAGGAUUUCCUCAAGUGUCUCGGAGACGCCUUGUCGCUCUGCUCCAUCUUGAUCGGCGAUAUCUGCGACUGCAGCAAUGACAAAAGCUACAUCAGAAUCUCGAACGGCUUGGAAAUGAGAUGCCUCUACAAGGUCACCGGCUUCGGGACGGGCUUCGGGGUUACGGCGUCCUCUGGUUCCCCGUUCGGCGUGAAGGCCGCGAACGGCCGGAUCAUUCUUCCUGGAAACGAGUUCAGCCAAGGUCAUCGGAAGAAAGGGGAGCCUCUCAGAUCGCGCAGGGCCCUGAGACUCAAGAGUUCGAAGGCGCCCCGCGGGUCCUGCGAAACGAGCCUCGAGCUGGCUCUCGAGGGCGUGGUGCAGUAUGCCCCGGACAUGACCAUAACACUGAAGACCAACGGUGACACCAAGUUCGCGAUCACGGGGUUGGUUCGCGCAUCGAUGGAUGUCUUCGUCAAGGCGGAAGGGGGCUGCGCCUUUACGGCCGAAAAGCGCUUCCCGAAGAAGCCCCUGAAGAAGAUCAUCUGCGGUACAGGCUUCUGCCUUCUCAUUGCCCUCCAGAUGGUCGCUGAGCUAGAGAUGAAGGGCACGCUCACAGGGACCCUCGAGACCUCUGCCUCCGUGGACUUCGACGUCUCGGGCACCGUGAGCAUUAGCCCCAGCGGGAAAGCCGAUGUGUCCUUCAACAGCCCAUCGAUUACACACCAGGACGGCUUCGCGAUGGGUGCCAGCGCCUCGGCCUCCGUGCGCGUGGGCGCCGGGCCGGUCCUCAUGGCUCCCCGGGCUGAGGGUUUAGGGGUUUAG